AUGAGUUCAGAAUCUGGUGAAUCUGAUGAUGAGAAUAAAAUGGAAACAGUCUUCGAGGCUGUUAGUCUUGAAAGUUCUGGAGAUCCACCUAUGGAACAAUGGUCAUCGCUUGAAGUGGUAUACGAUGUCGAGAAUUCCAAACGGGUUCUUCAGGAAGAAGGGCUGUACGAUCCAGGAGCACCAGAUAUUUGCCCAAAAUAUAUUAACAUGUCGUCUAGCUCCGUUGAAAGACACGUUUAUUAUCGCUACCCAGCUAUCACUGAUCCUGGGAUAAUGGCAGCCUUGCUAAAACCUGAAGAAACAAUUAUAUACAGUGACAAUGGCCAGGAUCUUUAUUUGGCUCUUUGUAAAGAAAUGAACCAAUGCGUUGUAAGAUGUUUUCAUAGAGAAUUAUUGUGUGAUAAAAUUAACUUAAGGUACUAUGGUCUCAACCCAGUCGCAGUACGAGCCAUGGCCAUGGCUUUGGCAUAUAACAAAUUUGUCAAAGAAAUAUAUUUUACUGAGAAUUUAUUAAACACCGACGCAUGCUAUCAUUUAGGACAGAUGCUUGCAACUAAUAGGUGCUUGGUGGCGCUGGACCUUUCUGGCUGUCGAAUCGGUCACGAGGGAGUCAGACACCUGUUGGCUAAUUUGCUGAAAAAUAGAACUCUCAAAAUUCUGAAUUUGAGCAGAAAUGAAGUUGGCGAUGAGGGUAUGGCGUACUUCGCUGAUGCAGUGUUUAAUGGCCUCUUCAUAAAAGAGGUAAAUUUGAGUCGAAAUAAUAUCACCGGUAAAGGAAUGUCACUGCUAGUAGAACCUUUCCAAACCUACAACUACAUAACGCAUUGGGAUUUGUCAUAUAACAAGCUUUUUACACCAGGAACCUAUGCCUUCCUAAUGGCAAUAGCGGAGACCACUAAAAACGUCAUAAAUAUGAACUUAUCGUGGAACGCUCUCUCAGGCUUUCGAAUAGGUCAGGCUUUGAAACAAUUGCUUACUGUUAGAGACUUACAACAUUUAAAUUUAAGCAAUAAUAAACUACAAGACGAAGCUAUCGAACAAAUUUCUUUGGGUUUAUCGGCAGCGAAGAAACUAGUAUCAUUAAAUCUAUCAUAUAAUCCUAUGACCCCAACAGACGCUUUGGCGAUUCUUAAGCAACUGAAUCUGCGAAAAGUACACGUUUCUUGUGUAAAUAUGGAGAACGUUACAGUCAAUAAAGUAUUUUUGAAAUUACUUGAUCAGGUCAUGAGCUUUAAACCUAAAUUGAAUGUUACGUAUGGAUACGUAGUAGGUAGUUUCAAAGGUUUGGGGCCCGACGAAAGAGAGUUGCUCUUCAAUCGAUUAGAGUAUUUAUGCAAAAGACCUAAGAAGAAUAAAGUUGAUAUUGCACUGAUACUAUUACAAUUACAGAAGGACAAAGUUCUUUUAAUGCCACCUAAAGAAUUGUUUGAUCUAGUGAGCCAUGCAGGAGCUCCUGUAGAUAAUGACCUAAUGGACGAGGUAGCCAAUAUAUUCCCUGGUCCGCGCGUUGGGAGAGGAGGUGCGACAAUAAAUAUUAAUGCCAUGGUAGAAUAUUCGAUUAGAAAAUUCCCGGAUCGAAAAUUACCGCCUUCUCCGCCUCCAGAACCUGAAAGACGGUCAGUACCAACUUCAGAAAAAAAGCCAAAAUCAAAAGGCAAGAAAAAGGGCUAA